CGUCCCCAAAAAAAAAAAACACUCAAAAUACGUAAACCCACGCCCCUUUCCCAAAAUUACCCCCGUGUCCCCCCCCUCCCCUCUCUCUCCCAUCAUCUCCGGUGAUGGAGAACCAGAGCAGCCACGAACAACCGACGAGAUCCGCGAGGAAGAACCUGAAGCGGAAGCUGGAAGAGGAUUUCGAAGAGGAUCGGAAGGUCGUUGCUCUCUCUCCUCGCGACAACCACGAAGAUCUCGUCCGUAACAUCCGCACGCAGGUCGACAUCCUCGGUUCCACCUUCUCGCCGAUCGAGGCAGAUCGGCUCGCCGCCAAGACCUCUAUUCACGUCCUCUGCGAGCUCGCCAAGAACGAGGAAAUUGUGAAUUUAAUUGUGGAUUGCGGAGCGGUGGCGCCGCUGGUGAGGCAUCUGCAGGCGCCGCCAUCGAGCACUGGUUCGAAGCCGUACGAGCACGAAGUCGAGAAAGGAAGCGCUUUCACGCUUGGUCUUCUCGCUGUGAAACCAGAGCAUCAACAACUCAUUGUCGAUGCUGGAGCUCUGCCCCAUCUUGUUGGUCUGUUGAAGAGGCAUAGGGAUGGUCAAAACUCUAGAGCAGUCAAUGGUGUUAUCAGGAGAGCAGCUGAUGCAAUCACCAACCUUGCUCAUGAGAAUAGCAGCAUCAAAACUCGUGUUAGGAUUGAAGGUGGAAUUCCACUCCUUGUUGAAUUGGUUGAUUUUAGCGACUUAAAGGUGCAGAGAGCAGCAGCAGGGGCUCUGCGAACCCUUGCCUUUAAAAACGAUGAGAACAAAAAUCAGAUUGUGGAAUGCAAUGCCCUACCUACUCUUAUUCUAAUGCUUCGAUCAGAGGAUGCUGCUAUACAUUAUGAAGCGGUUGGUGUGAUUGGGAAUCUGGUGCAUUCAUCUCCGCAUAUUAAGAAAGAAGUUCUGCUUGCUGGAGCGUUGCAGCCAGUCAUUGGAUUACUGAGUUCUUGCUGUUCAGAGAGCCAAAGGGAAGCAGCUUUGCUACUUGGGCAAUUUGCUGCUAAUGAUUCAGACUGCAAGGUGCACAUUGUUCAGAGAGGUGCUGUCCAACCAUUAAUUGAGAUGCUUCAAUCUCCAGACACACAACUAAAAGAAAUGUCAGCUUUUGCAUUGGGGAGGUUGGCGCAGGACACUCACAACCAAGCUGGGAUUGGCCACAGCGGUGGUAUAGUGCCAUUACUGAAGCUUCUUGAUUCAAAAAAUGGCUCUUUGCAACAUAAUUCUGCGUUUGCUCUUUAUGGCCUUGCAGAUAAUGAGGAUAAUGUUGUAGAGUUUGUUAGGGUUGGGGGCAUUCAGAAGCUUCAGGAAGGAGAAUUCAUUGUCCAGCCAACUAGGGAUUGUGUAGCGAAGACUCUGAAAAGAUUAGAGGAGAAGAUACAUGGACGAGUAUUGAGCCAUUUGCUGUACUUGAUGAGGAUUGGAGAAAAGUUUGUUCAAAGAAGAGUUGCUAUGGCUCUUGCUCACCUUUGUUCUCCUGAUGAUCGGAAGGCUAUUUUUAUUGAUAACAAUGGACUUGAGUUGCUUUUAGAGCUUCUUGAAUCAACAAAUGUGAAGCAACAACAAGAUGUUUCAGUGGCUUUAUACAAAUUGGCUACCAAAGCUAGUUCGCUCUGUCCUAUGGAUGCAGCUCCCCCAUCACCAACCCCUCAGGUCUAUUUGGGUGAACAGUUUGUAAACAACCCCACGCUUUCUGAUGUUACAUUUCUAGUUGAAGGCAAGCGGUUCUAUGCUCACAGGAUUUGUCUGCUUGCUUCUUCUGAUGCAUUCCGUGCAAUGUUUGAUGGUGGUUACCGGGAAAAGGAUGCCAAGGACGUGGAGAUUCCAAAUAUCAGAUGGGAUGUUUUUGAAUUGAUGAUGAGAUACAUAUAUACAGGAUCAGUGGAUGUCAAUUUGGAUAUUGCACAGGAGCUUCUCAGAGCAUCUGAUCAAUAUCUUUUGGAGGGGCUCAAGCGUCUUUGUGAGUAUGCCAUUGCACAGGACAUAUCGGCAGAAAACGUGUCACUCAUGUAUGAGUUGUCGGAGUCCUUCAAUGCUUUGUCAUUGAAGCAUGCAUGCAUUUUGUUUAUCUUGGAGAAGUUCGACAAGCUAAGUGCUACGCCAUGGUUCUCUCAUCUUAUUCAACGUAUUUUACCAGAGAUGCGCAAUUACUUUGCCAGAGCGCUUUCUAGGCGUAUCCAAACUGACUUGCCGCAGUAGAUGGGUUGUCUCUGUUGUGGUUAUCGUUUCAAACACAGAAUGUACAGAUUGCGGUUAGUUUCCCCGUUUGCGAGAAAACGGAAGGAGCAAGUGAUCAAUCAUCCUGAUCCAGAGAUGUUUUGCUAAUACCGCGGCUAAUGCGAGUUUCAGGUUUUGGCAGCAGUUAUUCUUCUCGAGUAACUCCCGGGUGUUUCUGCGGAUCAAAAAAAAAAAACUCCCGGGUGUUUCUCAUUUGCAAGCCUGCAAGUCUUUGCAAAAAAGUCCCAAACAAAAGUGGGGGGAAAUGAGAAGAGAUAGCUUAACCUUCGAAAGUUUGUCAUGGUGUGGCCAUGAGAACUAUUAUUGGUUACUUAAUUCUUUGUUCUUUUAAGUAGUGGACUCUCGCUAUGCUUGUAGGACUCUUUUGGCUAUUGACUUUAAGUUUGUACUUUGUAUUACUAACUUCAUUGUCUAUGAAAUGAAAUCUCUUGCUGAGCAAAAA